AUUCACGCUGCCAUCACCCUCCGCUGUAUCAAGCACCGGACUUCGUUCAGGCUAUGGGCCUUGGUCACGAAAGCAUCCCAAACAAUGCUACUAGAUAUUUCCGCCCGUCGCCAGUCAAACACACUCGUCGUCGUUUAAUAUCUACGCCACCAUUGACAGCGACGGUGUCUUUUCCUCAAGUUUUGCUUGUCACUUCCUGGGCUCCUCCUGGCACGACAGGACUGCAUGGUUGAGGUGGGUUGAAGGCAUGCACGAGACUCAUGCAAACAAGUGUGAUCAGUGGGAACAUAAAUGUGUCUAUAUAGUAUCGUAACCCUGUGGCCCUAUCUCAUACUCCAUCCCUCUCUCUCUCAUGAGUUGCUGGUACAUAUGAGCGUACAAUAUGCACCCGAAAAACUCGCCAAGGCGGCCCUGGAUCUUGGCGUUAACCUCGACACUUGGGUCGACCGAGACAUUACAUUUCGACCUCGUCAUGGCGGCACCGCGGUCGUAUACCUUGGUACCCUGCGCCCCCAAGCGACGAGGGUAGCUAUCAAAUGUCUUCGUUUCUAUCCCCACGGAGACGAGUCGAACAUCGAUCAUAUUGUCCGCGAGAUAGACAUCUGGCGAAAACUACAACACAAAAACAUUGUGCCAGUGUUCGGCGUCGUAACAAAAAUUGACUUCGCGGUAUCAAUCGUGUCGGAGUGGAUGGAACAGGGCAACGCAUUCGAUUACGUCCAGAACGAAACGAUCGAUCCGCGUCCUCUGUUGUUGGAUAUAGCACGUGGAUUGGAGUACCUUCACGAUUAUGCCAAGAUCCUGCACGGUGACUUACGAAGCAAAAACGUGUUGAUAUCCAAGGAUGGUCGUGCAUUACUAACGGAUUAUGGAAUCUCCCCUCUCAUCGACUCGUCGUUCUCUAUGACAGCCGCCGCACCUAUCCGCCCGACGGUAAGGUGGUUAUCUCCGGAACAAAUUGAUAGUUUUGGCGAAGUGACUCGUGAAGCGGAUGUCUGGGCCUUUGGGAUGACUGUUCUAGAGUUGUUCACUCGCAAACCACCUUACCAUGACAUCCCUGAUACCAGGAAUGUUAUAGCCCGCAUUCUGGAUGGACCGCCUGCUCGGCCAACUGACCAGUCUACGUGUUCCCGUUUGACGGAUGAAUGGUGGGAGAUCUGCUCUCUGUGUUGGAUGGAUGAAUCGUCGCGGUCUGCUAUUUCUGACAUUGCCAACAAAAUUCAAUCGGUAAUGGAUCCGGUGCCUCGCUUCGGCUCGUUCUGGUCUAUAUCUUACAUCGUAGAGCUGGUGAGACGAUUCGUCUGGUAAUCUUGUGGAUAUCUCGUUGUGUCUUCCCCGCUAGUCGUUCGAUCGUAGUUCGGAUGUUGCCCUUGCCUCAUAAAACGGAUCGUCGUCUUCGCUACGCUCAUUCCUCGUCGGAACCCCGGCUGCCCAUCUAUACGGACUGAUGUGCCCUGCAAUCACCCCCGCAUCCUUUACUAACGCUGCAACUAG